GGAUGGAUUGUUUCAGGAGUGAUUUGUUCGAGGAUUCAAGUUCAUGAGCCUUUUUAUGACACAAGCAUGGAGUACAUCCUGGGCCAGUCUAAUCCCAAUCCAGUUCACAACGACAGCAUGGUCACCUUCAACGUGACGCCCGCAAACAGCAGUGCUGUUCUUUUCAAGCCCUUUUUGUCGCCCGUGGUGGACAAAACUAUUAACAUCCUCAUGGUGAUCGUCUUAUUUAUCACCAUGAUCUCAUUGGGAUGCACCAUGGAGGUGUCUAAAAUCAAGGGUCACAUAGUGAAACCUAAAGGGGUGGUGAUUGCAGUCACGGCCCAGUAUUGUGUCAUGCCGCUUACAGCCUUUUGUUUAGCAAAGGGCUUCCAUCUGGCUGACAUGGCAGCUGUGGUGGUCCUGAUCUGUGGGUGCUGCCCCGGGGGGACCCUCUCCAACAUCUUGGCUUUAGCUAUAAAUGGGGACAUGAACCUCAGCAUUGUGAUGACAUCCUGCUCCACCUUGCUGGCACUGGGAAUGAUGCCCCUGCUGCUCUACAUGUACUGCCAGGGCUUCGGCGACCUGCAGAAUGCUGUGCCAUAUGUUGACAUCACUGUGUCACUAGUCAUGAUCCUCGUGCCCUGCGGCAUUGGUAUCCUCAUUAACCACUACAGGCCCAGCUAUUCCAAGAUCAUCACCAAGGUAGGUCUGAUCAUCAUGUCGAUCUCCUGCGUGGUGAUCACCAUCAUGGCCAUCCUAGCGAUCGGCAGCUCCAUCUUGGCUGUCAUGUCUCCUCCCCUUUUGGCCACUGGCGCUGUUAUGCCCUUCAUUGGUUUCACCUUUGGUUACGUCAUAUCAGCCAUCUUCAGACUCAGCCAAGCGGAGCGGAGGACUGUCGCCAUGGAAACAGGCUGCCAGAACAUUCAGUUAUGCUCAACUAUCCUGAAGUUGGCCUUUCCCCCGGAUUUGAUCGGCCCGCUUUUCCUCUUCCCGAUGGUGUACAUAUCAUUCCAGCUGUUGGAGGCCAUGGCGCUCAUCCUGGUCUACAGGUGCCACCAGAGGCUCACAAGGAAAGAGAAAGAUGUGUACCUACCAACUGAGACUGAUCCUGGACGGCGAGCACUUUGCGAAGGAACUGUAUGACAGCCAGGUCUAAUUUCCUUCUUGAAAAACAUCUGUCUGGACUGGAUAUCAAAGCUUUUAAGGUCUUCUGUUGUACCUCAAACAUCAAUUUUUGGACUGCUGAGUUGACAACCUCUGUGCACACAGGGUGGAUUCAGUUCCCACUCUGUGUUAACGUCAUUGUGAAUAGAUGUCUGCCUCUAUACAUGCCCUAUGAUUGACUGGUGACCUGUCCAGGGUGAAGUCAGCUCCUUCCUUUGUACGAUAAUGGAAAAUUGUAUUACGUGGGUGGUUAGACAUUCAUAUAAUGAUGAUCAGAGAGUGUGUAACAUUGUUAAAACUGCUUUAAUAGGUACGUAUGUCCUACAUACAAUUGGCCCUUUUUAAUUGAAAGCAAAAAAAUGAUGUACAAAAGGCUGUAUUGUUCUACACCACAUCACUGUGUCAAAUUACAUGUAUACACUCUCACAUGAACAACUUUCAUUUUUUUAGAUGCAUUGAGUAAGAAACACCAAUCUAAGCAGCCAUUUUUAGUUUAACAAGCAAGGCCCAACAUGAAAACUGUCUCGUGUCGCAAUGGUAAAUGUCAUGGCAUUCCUACACACUUGUACAUUGAUUUGUUCUUCUCAUGACAGACUACGCAAUAUGGAGAAAUAACUGCAUGCAAGAUGACAAAAGUUGUCAAGUGCAUUAUGGAACUCGGAAAUAAACUAAAACUGGGUGAAGUUUUUAAAAUACUUGAGUUUUCAAUGUACAAAAAUGUACCUGACUGCAUCUCCUCCUUUAGUAACAAGAAGAAACUGAGUUUUUGAGACCUUCCUCUGGGCGCUCUAAAAAUCACUAACUGGGCACUAAGUAAAACAAUGUUUUCAACAGCAUGGGUUAUAGAUGAGUACACGUACCUUGGAGUGAGAUUACUCUGUAGGUAUAUGGCAUUGGGGAAGACAUCGUGGCUCAGGAGGAAGAAUAAUUGAAUUACAGAUACUGUAAGUGGCCUUGCUUUCGUAUAAA